CUUCGAAUGAGUGGACGAUGAAGGAAAAAAAGGCCACAACCAUUGAGCAACUACUCCUGUUGCGCGGCAAAGCUGCUGCGACAGAUGCUGUACUUAUGUCAGUGCACAGCUGGUGGUCCUCGUUGUUCCCCUCAUUAUUUUUUGCCAUGCAAGAAACAAAACCGAGUCUAGCUGCUGUAGUUGCCCUUUACUAGUACUUAAUAUGAGGAUACUCCUCCGUAUGCAAAGCGAAGUUGCGAGAAGGGCGGCCAGGAGGACAACACCUCGGUUUUCAGUCUCCGAAAUUUUUUUUCCAUUUACAGAAGCCAAGCGAUUUUUUUUUUGUCGUAGUACAAAAGCUACAUGCAUGCUGGCGUUUGCAUAGUUUUUAGGGAUGAUGAUGAUGUUAGCAAGAUGAUGACGAUGAUGAUCAUGAUGCUGCUCUACCCCUUGAGCAGUAAAAAGUGAGGAGAACAGGGACCACGACCUUAUGCAAGGUCAUAGAAGAAGAGGCCUUAAUACGCACAUCGUAUACGGGGCAAGAACAGCACGUCCAACGGAUUCGCCUUACUGCCAUUCGGAGAGCGCUCCACCCGAUUGUCGCGCAUUUGGGGGAGGUGUCCGCUCGGGCCGAACAUGCUUUGAAUCUGUUUCACGAUGACGACGCGAUCUCGCGCGACGCAGCCAUUCUGGUGUGGGCCAAAAUUAUGGCAAGAAGCUAUAAGAGCG